AUGCUCGGGCUCAAGUUCCGAAAAUUGGUCUCCUUCAUCAAGGGCGAGAAGCAGAAGCGCAACAAGACCCUCAGCCUACGCGAGAAGAGCAAGCACAAAGCGGAAAAUGGCGUUGAAGCCGAGCUCCCCGAGAAUGUUUGGCAAAAGAUUUUCGAUCACUCUUCCCCGUACGAUGUCGCCCGCUGGCGGGGGGUGAACAAGAAAUUUGACGGGAUGGUCAAGAAGCGCUACGAGACGAUCCUGUACCUCGAUGUGUGGAGAAUGAACCUCAACGAACUACUUCCGGCCCCUUACGAUAAUGAUGGCGAUUUCUUCCGACACCCCACCGCCAACCUGCUGAUGCACGUGGAGGCACACAGCGCAAUCAUCGUCAUCCACCACGAAUGGUCGCUGAAGGACGUCGUCAAGCUAUGGCAAGGACUUCAAGCCUUUCGCACGACCGCCCAGACAAUCAUGUUGGAUGCCUCGGUGUUUGAGUUGACGAUGGCCGGCCUGGCACUUCGCGAUAUCUCAAGAUGGUUCACCUUUAUGUGCUCGCUCACUCGCUCCAAGGAGGAUCGUGUCGUGUUGAAAACCAAGCCUGGCCGAUUUGCCGACGAGCCCUUCUUCCCAAAAGUGAAAGAGCUGACCAUCCGCACGACCUACGCCGAGUUGAAGCAGUUGAGAAGGGUGCCCGAGUACGGUGUGCCAACGUCACACCUCUUCGACGAGAGUGCCCUACAACUUUUGAGACUGAACAUCGCCAACGGGAAGCAGACGACAUCCCACCAGAAUACCCGCUGCACCCCGUUCCUCAUCUACUUCAAGCGCUGGCUGAACACGUCGGGGAUGGGCGAAAAAUACUGCCAGCAGUAUAGC